GUCGAUUUUAUGAGGCCGAGGAUCUGAAUGACUCCUUUCGGGCAGUAACGCUGUCUGCCCCCUGGGCACUGUCCACCGUCAUCCCUAGGCCCCGGAGCCUGUUGCUAAGGGAAGGGGGGUCUAUCUCCCCGUUGCUACGCGGGGCCCAGCUCCCCGUUGCUAUGCGGGGCCCAGCUCCGGAGGAUGCAUCCAGCUCCUGAGCAGAUGCCCUGGUCACAGGGAAAUUGAUGACAAAGAGUUUUUCUGUUUUAAAAUGGACCCGGUGGGAAUUGAUAGAAACAACAAGGCUCUGGAGUUUACAAGAGUCAGAGAUUUAUCUCCUGUCACUGAGGGUCCAUCUUGCUGGAAAUGAAUGAAAUGGCGGGUAAAAUGUCAAAAUCUGAAGGGUUACCAUUAGCAAGAGAAAUGCAAGACCUUCAAAAUCGAUUUAAUGCAAUGAUGCAUACAAUCAGCAGCAACUCAAAGGUUACAGCUUUCAUGAGCACCUCUGUGGGUCAGUACCUAGAUGACCACCCUUUCCUUGCAUUAUUGUUAUCGGUGUUUACUAUAAUGGCAGCCGUGCCAGUUGGUUUAUUCCUGAUUUUCGCAGUGAUUACGUCUCUCUUGGCCUGCCUUGGUUUCAUUGUGAUGGAAGGUCUGAUGCUGUCGAUAGGUGGUGUUGUCCUGCUUUGUUUUUUAUGUGGACUAGUUCUCAUUUCACUGGUCAUCACGUCUUUUCUGGCUGUCUGCUUCUUUACUUUCUCCACAACAAUGAAUUAUUAUCAUAAUUCAAGCACUCCAAGUAAAGAAGAAGCAACCGUUGGCUCCUCAGCAAUUUCACAUCCGGAUGAGACUGAACCCAAAUCCACCCUGAAGAAGGAUUAGUUUGCAAAAUAUCCCUCUAGUUUCUGUUAAGUUGUUUUUAUGCAAAAUGACUGUUUUUGCACUAAUUUCCUUUCAUGAGACGUUCUUUUUGCCUUCGAAUACCUGUUACACUUUUGUAAGCAGCAAAUGUUAGUCUUCACAAUUUGUUCAUCAUUUUCAUUUGUGUGGUGUCAUUCUGAGUGAGAAGUUUUGUAUACUUUAACAUAAGUAUUUUACUAUAAUUACUCUAUAACAUGGAGACCUGAUUAUUUGAUAUAAAAAGACUAUACAUUGUAUCUGUAUCAGCAAAUAUUAGUGUCUACUUC